AUGAGCUAUGAGCCAAGUAUCAUAGAAAAACCGGCCUUGCGGCCCCCUGCAGACCCAUACCAAACAGGCAAUUUCGACUACGAUCGUGCGUGGUGGCGCGAGUCCAUCGUCUAUCAAGUAUACCUUCAAUCAUUCAAGGAUGGCAAUAAUGACGGAAUCGGAGAUUUCGUGGGAUUAACGAGUAAAAUCGACUAUAUCAAAUCGCUCGGGAUUGACGUUAUAUGGGUCUCGCCGUAUUUCAAAUCGCCGUUGAAGGAUCAAGGAUAUGACAUUGCGGAUUAUUAUUCUAUUAAAGAGGAGUUCGGAACGGAUAAAGACUUUGAGAAUUUCGUGAAUGCUGCUCAUGCUCGGAGUAUGAGGGUUUUGAUGGAUGGUGUUUUCAAUCAUACAAGUAAUGAACACCAAUGGUUCAAAGAAUCCAAGUCAAGCAAGGACAAUCCUCGUCGAGAUUGGUAUAUUUGGCGUCCAGCGAAGACAGGAGAGACCGGGAAAAAAGUGCCGCCUAAUAAUUGGAGGAGCUUAUUUGGGGGCUGUGCCUGGGAAUGGGAUGAUAAAACUCAGGAAUAUUAUCUACAUCUAUUCUCCAGGGACCAGCCUGAUUUGAACUGGGAUAAUCCAGCUGUGCGACGCGCUAUUUAUGGUGUAAUGCAGCACUGGCUUGAUAGAGGCGUUGACGGAUUUCGCCUUGAUGCUAUAAAUGUAAUUUCAAAAGACCCCAAUCUUCCAGAUGCACCAAUCGAAGAACCAGAUCAACCGUAUCAGAGUGCCAUUCAGUUUUUCAACAAUGGACCAAAUAUCCAUAAAUACCUCAAAGAGAUGCACGAAUACGUUCUGAGCAAAGGAGACAUGUUCACUGUCGGCGAAAUGCCCAUCUAUGUCAGCGAGCAGGAGGCAAGCAAAUACGUUGCCAAGGAGCGACGCGAAUUGGACAUGGUGUUUCAAUUCAAUCAUCUCAUUUUCGACUUUACCGAGGGGGAUAAGUGGACUAUCAGGAAGUGGGAGACUCCCGAAUUAGAAGCAGUGAUCAGAAGAUGGCAGCAGCACAUGCUUGGAAAUCACGGCUGGAACGCCAUCUUCUUCGAGAACCACGACCAGCCACGUUCGAUUGUACGUUGGGCGACCGACAAUAGCGAGUACAGAGAAGUGGCCGCGAAAAUGCUGGCGACAUUGCUGUUUUCUUUACGAGGAACAAUUUUCAUUUAUCAGGGCCAGGAACUCGGCAUGUCGCAUCCGCAAAGUUGGUCUAUUGAAGAUUAUCAAGAUGUGGAGACAAUAAAUUGGUAUCAGGAGGAAUACGAUAAACGAAAAAAAGAAAAUGGAGGUCGUGAGCCUGAUAUGACUAGCGCCCUGAAAGCCAUCCGUCUUCGAAGCCGUGACAAUGCCCGCGUGGUGAUCCCGUGGGACGAUAACCCUAACGGCGGUUUCUGCAACUCGGGAGUUACCCCAUGGAUCAAGCCGGACGAGCAAUACCAAACAAUUAAUGUGAAGAAGCAGGAUAAAAAUCCCGAGUCUGUUCUCAAUUACUAUCGACGAUUGAUAUUUCUUCGAAAGUGUCAGGUCAUGAUGUUCUACGGAGGAUAUACCCCUCUAGACAGCGAAAACAAGCAUGUGAUAGCUUUCCUACGUACUCAGGGCCCUUUUGCCAAUAUGACAUUAUGCAAUUUCUCCGACCAGGACACGAACUUUGACGUUCCACCUGAAGUUAGGCUUGAUUUUGCGGUGCUACUCGCUUGCAAUUAUGAUAUUGUCGAACCCAGGGUGCCAAAGAGAAUUAUUUUGCGGCCGUAUGAAGCAAGAUUAUACGGUAUUCGAUAG